AUGGUGGUCAACAAGGUUUUGGUGUGGAGAUUCAAGUUGGAACUUGAAGAAUUUGAAGUCUUCAAAGGAACAUCGGAUGCGGAGGCAUACUUAGAAUGGGAAAGGAAGAUAGAACAUGUGUUUGAUUGCAACAUAUUCAGUGAGAAUAAGAAGAUGAGACUUGCCAUUGCCGAAUUCACUAACCAUGCGGGAAAUUGGUAUCAACAUCUCAAAUCUGAGAGAAUGAGGAAAGAGAAGGAUUCCAUUGAAACUUGGGAAGAACUUAAAGAAGUCAUGAGAAAGAGGUAUGUUUCCAAACAUUAUGAAAGAGAUUUGAGAACUAAAUUGCAAGUUUUGAGGCAGGGAACAAAAAGUGUAACUGAAUAUUAUCAAGAGAUGGAAACUUUGAUAGAAAGAGCAAAUAUUCGAGAAGAAGAAGAAGACACCAUGUCUAGAUUCCUUGGAGGUUUAAAUCGAGAAAUUACUCGUAUUGUUGAUAGAUAUCCACAACUACACUUGGAAGAUAUGUAUCAUUAUAUAAUCAAAAUUGAAGAACAAUUGAGAGAAGAAAAGGAACAUUCCAAGAGGUAUAAUUCUAAUGCUAAUACCUUUUCAAAUUCUAAUGUUUGGAACAAGGAUGGUUUUGUGAAUAGGGGUGAAGCAAAAGGGAAGUUUGUGGCUCCUAAAAGAGUGGAAGCCGGGAGCACCUAUACUAAAAAGAAUGAAGCUUCAAAGGAGGAAAGAGAUAAAUCUAGUUCCAUUCAAUGUUGGAAGUGCAAAGGAUUUGGGCACAUAAGCAAAGAUUGUGUCAAUAAAAAAGUCAUGGUCAUAAGAAAUGGAAUUAUUGAUUCAGAAAAUGAAUGUGAUGAACAAGGUAGCAGCCUUGAGGAAGAAUCCGAAGCCUUUGAUGAUGAGUACAUUAAAGAAGGUAACUCUAUAUCCUUAGUUGCAAGAAAAGUACUUAAUAUGCAAAUCAAGGAGGAGAAAGUUGAAGAUCAAAGGGAGAACUUAUUUCACACAAGGUGCUUGAUUGAAGGAACCCCAUAUAGCUUGGUGAUUGAUAGUGGAAGUUGCACAAAUGUAGUAAGUAGUUUUCUUGUAAAAAGACUCCAACUUACUACUCGUCCACAUACAAAACCAUAUAAACUUCAAUGGUUAACAAACAAAUGAGAAUUGAAGGUAAACUCCCAAGUUCUUAUUUCUUUUACUUUGGGAAGAUAUAAGGAUGAGGUUCUUUGCGAUGUAGUACCUAUGCAUGCGGGUGAUAUGUUAUUGGGCCGACCUUGGCAAUAUGAUAGAGAAGUCACAUAUGAUGAAUUUAAUGACAUGUUUCCACAUGAAGAUGUACCUACGGGUCUACCUCCUGUAAGAGGAAUUGAGCAUAAAAUUGACUUCAUACCUGGGGCAACGCUUCCAAAUAUGGCGGCCUAUAGGACCAAUCCAAUCGAGACCAAGGAAAUUCAAAGGCAAGUGGAAGAACUCAUGGAUAAAGGUUAUGUUCGAGAAAGCAUGAGUCCUUGUUCGGUUCCAGUCAUUUUAGUGCCCAAGAAAGAUGGAACAUGGAAGAUGUGUGAUUCAUGUUGGAAAGGAUGGGUGAAAGUUGAUGAAGAAAAGGUCAAGACUAUUCGAGAGUGGCCAACACCCACCAAUGAUGCAACCGAGGUGAGAUCUUUUCAUGGUUUGGCUAGUUUUUAUAGAAGGUUUAUUAAGGAUUUCAGUAGCAUAAGCCUCACCAUUAUGAACUAUAUUAAAAAGAAUGUGAAAUUUGAAUGGAAAGAAAAAGAAAAUGCAUUCAAUGAAUUAAAAGAUAAAUUGGCUAAUACACCUUGUCUUGCUUUACCUAACUUUGACCAAGGGUCUUUUGAAAUUGAAUGUGAUGCAAGUGGGAUAGGGAUUGGAGCUAUUUUGAUGCAAGAAAAGAGGCCAAUCAUGUUCUUUAGUGAGAAGCUAAAUGGAGCACAACUUAGCUACCCUACAUAUGAUAAGGAAUUACAUGUACUUGUAAAGGCUUUGCAAGUUUGGCAACAUUACUUGUGGCCAAAAGAGUUUGUCAUCCACACGGAUCAUGAAAGCUUGAAGCACCUCAAAAGCCAAACAAAGUUGAACAAAAGGCAUGCUAAAUGGGUAGAGUUCAUUGAGACAUGUCCAUAUGUCAUUCAUUACAAGAAAGGUAAGGAUAAUGUGGUGGUUGAUGCAUUAUCAAGAAGGUAUGCAUUGUUUCUUUUUAGGAAAGGAAAACUUUGUAUUCCUAAGUGUUCCAUUCGAGAGUUACUUGUGAAGGAAGUUCAUGCGGGAGGAUUAAUGGGGCAUUUUGGGGAAUUUAAAACAUAUAACAUGUUGGCUGAACAUUUUUAUUGGCUGAAAAUGAGAAAGGAUGUGAAUAAAGUGUGCAAACAAUAUUUCAAAUGUAAGAAGGCUAAGUCUAAGACACAACCACAUGGUCUUUACACACCUUUAGAUGUUUCUAGUGAACCUUGGGUUGACAUUAGCAUGGAUUUUGUUUUAAGACUACCAAAGACUAGGAGAUAUCAUGAUAGCAUUUUUGUGGUAGUUGAUAGGUUUAGUAAAAUGGCACAUUUCAUACCAUGUAAUAAAACAGAUGAUGCUACUAACAUAGCUAAUCUUUUCUUUAGAGAAGUGGUUAGAUUGCAUGGAAUUCCUAAGACCAUUGUUAGUGAUAGAGAUGCAAAAUUUUUAAGUCAUUUUUGGAAAGUUUUGUGGGGUAAAUUGGGAACUAAACUUUUAUUUUCAACAACUUGUCACCCACAAACCGAUGGGCAAACUGAAGUGGUUAAUAGAACAUUGGGAACUUUGCUUAGGUCAUUAAUGUCUAAAAAUCUCAAGUCUUGGAAGGAUACUCUACCUUUUGUAGAGUUUGCUUACAAUAGAGCAAUACAUAGCACCACUCAAUGUUCACCUUUUGAGGUUAUGUAUGGCUUUAAUCCAUUAACUCUAUUAGAUUUGCCACCCUUGCCUUGGGUUUGGAUUCAUCUACGAAAGAAAAUGUUUCUAGAUCAAAGAAUGUCUAACUAACCAAGAGGAGAUGGUUCAUUUCAAGUAAUAGAGCAGAUAGAUGAUAAUGCCUACAAAUUGGAUCUUCGAGGUGAGUACAACGUAAGUUCUACUUUCAAUGUGGCUGAUUUGACUCCUUUUGAUGUAGAGAAUGAAGACCUUGAUUUGAGGACAAAUACUUUUAAAGAAAGGGAGGAUGAUAUGAAUUCAACCAUUGAACCAUUGCAUGUACUUAAAGGACCAAUUACAAGAAGCAAGACAAAGAAGAUUCAAGAGGCAUUCACACUACAUCUUCAAAAACUAGCAAAAUCACAAGAACCGAAAAAUAAUUUUGAGACCAAAGUUUUACAUAAUGUUAGUUCGAUGAGUCAAGAAGAGGCAUGA